UCUGUACCUAUGACUCAGGCAGUCUAAAUUAGGUGGUAGCUAGUAAAGAAAGGGUUCCCUUUCUAUUUCGCUGUAUACAUCAGUGUAAUAUACCACCUGUGUAGGGUCAGAAGGUUGGAGACUUACCACUGUGAGGAUGUACCCCCGGGACCAGACUGUAUAACACCCUUCUCAUCCUAACUCCCUGGGAAUAUUGUCACUGUGCCCUACUAUACUGGAACAUGCCUUCAGGUGUUGACAUCCUCUGCUAACGAGUCGGACAGUGCUGGAGUCGGGGGAGAGUCGCACCCCAUAAUACAUCAUGGUCAGCUACUACAAGGUGCUUGGGGUACCGGAGGAGGCGUCAGUGGCAGAGUUAAAAAAGGCGUACAGAAAACUAGCUCUGAAAUGGCAUCCAGACAAAAAUCCAGACCGAAAAGAGGAGGCAGAGAAAAAAUUUAAAGAAAUAUCAGAAGCUUACGAAGUGUUAUCAGAUGAGGAAAAGAGGAAUAUAUAUGACCAAUACGGUAAAGAAGGUUUACAAGGACACCAUGAGCAGCAAAACAAUUUUGAUAUGGGAGGAAGCUUCCAUGGAUUCCAUGGUUUCCAGUUCCGCGACCCAGAAGAUGUAUUCCGGGAGUUCUUUGGUGGCAGAGAUCCCUUUGCUUCAUUUUUUGGAGGUGCAGACGGUGGUUCCAACAUGUUUCAAAAUUCUUUUACAGGAUUUCCAUCUUUCGCUUCUUCGUCCAGUUCUUUCGGCGGCAACGGCUCAUUCGGAUCAGACUCUGGUCGGAGACCUACGAGGGGAUACAGGCGCAGGGAUAGGAUGGACUUGGCAGGACAAUCAUCGUCACGGCGACCGAGAGAAAGGAUAGGAAUGGGCCAUCACCACCCAGCUGGUCAACAGUUUGGUGUCUUCCAAAUGGGAUUUCCACUCAGCUUUGGAUUUUCCUCUAUGUUUGACGAUCCUUUUGGACACUUUCAUAGACCGCCAGGAUUUUUGCAAACAAGCACAUCUUUUGGCGGGCCAUAUUCUGGUCAUGGCAACAAUGCCGGUAACUUCAGGUCAACUUCCACAACAACUAAAUAUAUCAACGGUAAACGUGUCGUAACAAAAAAAGUCGUAGAACAUGGCAAGGAGACGGUAACGGUGGAAGAAGAUGGCGUGCUCAAGUCACAUGUUAUAAAUGGAGAGCAACAGAUGUUGGCUUACUGAGAGGAUAAAGGGACCAUGCCUCAGUGCGCAACACGGGCGUGCCUAAUACCACGACGACGACGGAAGAGACUCAAGCCUUCUGUGUUACACUGUGCAUAUUACUCUACUAUUAUAACAUAUAUAUUUAUAACAAUCUGUCAACUUCAUUGAGGGCCCUAGAUCUCUCAUUUGGGAUAUACAACCAGUAACUUGUCGAACAACUGAAAAUCUUGUCCAAGCAGAGAUGAAAUACACAUUUCUGAAAAGUAUAAGUUCUGCUUUGUGAAUGUGUUAUUUCAGGUUGAAUCAAGUUUAAACAAAAUUUGUUUGUGACCAAUUUCAACUAUUGAAGUGAAUUAUUUUCUUUCCCAUAUUUUCAUUAUGGAUAUUUUGAGGCCUGUACAUAGACAUGUAUAAGUGUAUUGUAACAUUGAAAGUCCCAAAGCUUUGAAUAUAUUUACAAAAUAUAUCUUGUCCUAUUUUUUCUGGGGUAACAUGUGCUUGGACAGUGUUGGUGUGACCUGGCAAAGUUUAUUAGUGGAUAUGAUCAAUUUGUGUCCAAUCGGAUACUCAGCGGGACAGUAUAACAAAUAGGUCAGAUUAGACAGGGUUCUAGAACACAUAGACAAUGUCAGAAAUACAGCAUCAUGUUGGAUACGAUAGGGUGUUGUAAUCCCUUUGGGUCAGAUUAUACAAGUUUUUCAAUACAAUUUCAAAACAAACCGAUCUUGGAGUAUAAUCGUGGGUUGACAUGCAAAACCACAUGAUGUACAUAUAUAUUAUAACGAAGGUUAAUCGGUAUAGACUGAUCUAAAUGGGACUUUUAGGGUUUCCGUGCUGUGUUUAAUCACACAGCUUGCAUCAUUCAAGCCACAUCUCAUAGGUUGUGAUUCAUGCUGCGAUACACUUUUUAAAAAUCAAUGAGACGUCAUCAUAGCGACAUCAUUGACAACCAAUCAUUUGUGUUUUAAUUCAGUUAACCUUUCGUCUGCCCCACCCACUUUUACAUGUUUCGCUUUAAUUCUCCCUGACAAUGUCUCGUCAUUAUAUUGUGGUCUUACAUACUUAUUAUGUUAUAAUUUUUUAACAUUGUAAUCUCGAAAUCUGUUGUUCCUGUUCACACCACUGGGAAAAUGUUUGAAAUAUCUCUUAAUUUGACUUUGUAGUAACAAAUUACAGUAAGCGGCUAUUUAGUCAAACUUGGUUAUAAAACUUAUAAUGCAACUUCUUGUCCAGAAAAAAAUGGCAUUAAAAGGGGGGUGGAUGAUCAACAUGAUGUAUUGACGGCAACAUCAAGGAGUUGUUCUGAAAAAAAGGAAAGCAGAGGUGACCUGAAAUCUGUCGUUGGAUUGUGGUGAUCAAUUUCUCUUAUAAAUACUAAGUGAAUAUUCUACUUUGUAGUAAGUAAUUUUCUUGGCUAUAAAAGUUUGUGAAUUUGUAUCUAGAACCUAUUGCUAUGAUUCAAUGUUGUCACAUACUGGUAGAGUAAACAACUGCAUGUUUUGAAAUGUUUUGUUGGAUUCCUUUUGCUUUUUUCCCCUACUCGAUAACUUAUAUCAUCAGACAUGAAAAAAAAAGAACUAGGAUGAUUAAACCUAGCCUGAUACACUGUUAAUGAUCGUCCAAUUUUUUCAAAAUAUUAAUCUAAAUUUUUUAAUUGUUACGGAUAAAUAAAAAAAUCACAAAAUUAUAUCCUCUGUAGUUUACAAUCUCUAUAAUAUAUUCAUUGUGUUGAGGUAGAACUGUUUUUGUUGAGUAGGUAAGAGUCCCUGUAUGUAUAGUAUAUCUGGUACACUAUGUAGCUACCCGGUGUAUUGUGUUUAGUAGACUAGACACCUGUGGGUAUAUAGUGUAUAUCUACGAUAUACAGAGAAAUUUUCCACCUUUCAUACACCUUUUCUCCGGUAGCUUAUGUAAAGUGUUAUGUCUGUAGACUUAGUUUGUAUCACAAGAAUAUAUGAAUUUUUGUUCCGUUAAUAAGUUUUUAAAUGGCAAGCAUAUAGAAAAAAAAUACUUUUUUUUUUUUUAAUAGACAGGUAAAUAAUUUUUGCAUGAAUACAAUUUUUUCAAAAUUUCUGUAAUACUAUUUUCUUUUCUGCAUCCUUAUUCAGUGAGAAUUAGAGAUUAGAUUUCGCCAAAAAAGGGUCAUGUAUGUACAAGACAAAUUUAAUCCUUGAAAAUAUAAGUAAAAUAAUAUUUAUUGUAGACAAAACAUUACUUUUAAUAGUUUCCCUGUACUAACCAGUGUUAUAUAGAUUUAAGUUUUAUUGACUAAGAGAAUAUUUUUUCCCUUUCUAUGCCAUUACUUUAGCCUUAGCAAGCCUAACAUGUAUGAAUAAGAUUGGACUAGUUUGGUUCAGUGUAAAGAAAAAGUGCCAUGUGGUUAACAAGGUAACAUUCAAAUAUUAGUACCUCGUAUUUUAUCGCUUAAUAAAGGUACAUUCGAUCUAUUUAGGGCAAUCAUAAAUCAGGAAACUGACUCUUCCCUUGAGGAAAUGGAAAACAUGUACUUCUAUAUCCAGUAGGCAUAGCUGUACAUUUAUAUAAGCGUGUCAGAGAUUGAAAGGAAAAAAGAUAAAUACCUGAACAAAUACUUGUUUUUCUUCUAUUUGAGAAACUUAUUAUUCAGUCAUGUACAACUGUCUCGUCAGAAUUUGAUGCAAGGACUGUUUUAUCUACAUGUGUGAAGCUGACCCGAGUAGAAUUGGCUACAGUAAUAUUGAAACGUAUUCUGUACUGGUACCUCUGAACUGAUCAUUUCAAACUGCUAUCUUUUAAUUUGUUGUUGAAAAAAACAUCUAUGAUUUGAUUUGCAAUCACCUAUUUUUGUUUUGGACAUGUUAAAAAUCGAGGUAGAUUGACAUGUUAUGGCUGGUAGUUCAGCCCUAUGCCAGUAAUACCCGACACCAGGGAAUGAAUCAGUCAUGGUGGAUGUCGACAGUGAAUCUGUCGACCAGAUUGUAGUUUUAUGUUGUGAAUUUAGGUGUGCAUAUCAGAAAAAGGAAUUGUGUAUUUAAGUAUUAAUGUAUUAAUUGUAUUGUUAUAAAUGGAGAAAGCUAUUUACAGUAUACCAAUGUUCAAGGGAGUCUACUCACUUUGCAAAAUUCUGCAAAAGUUUAGGUAGGUUGUAUCAUAUGUGUACAGUGCUGUAUAAUUUACAAAUAUGCCGAUUUAUGUGAACAGUGAAACUUUGCUUUACUGUCACCUAGCUUCAAGGACAUCUACAAUAAAUGACAAAAUGUUAUACCCCUAAAAAAUAGUUUUGCAAGUCUUAAACAUCAGCUUUUCCUACCCAUUCUCAUAUUUAAUCAAAUUACCCUUUUCCUGUCUUCAGAGACCAAUUUCUCUGUUCAUACGUUUACAGUGUACUUAAAUUGUGUGUCUGUAUUCCUAAAAGACUGCCUGUCUGUCCGGAUCUGUAUGGGGUCGUUGUAUACCUGUCUGUCCGGAUCUGUAUGGGGUCGUUGUAUGCCUCUCUGUCCGGAUCUGUAUAGGGUCGUUGUAUACCUGUCUGUUCGGAUCUGUAUGGGGUCGUUGUAUGCCUCUCUGUCAGGAUCUGUAUGGGGUCGUUGUAUACCUGUCUGUUCGUAUCUGUAUGGGGUCGUUGUAUACCUCUCUGUCCGGAUCUGUAUGGGGUCGUUGUAUACCCGUCUGUCCGGAUCUGUAUGGGGUCGUUGUAUGCCUGUCUGUUCGGAUCUGUAUGGGGUCGUUGCAUGCCACUCUGUCCGGAUCUGUAUGGGGUCGUUGUAUACCUGUCUGUCCGGAUCUGUUUGGGGUCGUUGUAUGCCUCUCUGUCAGGAUCUGUAUGGGGUCGUUGUAUACCUGUCUGUCGGGAUCUGUAUGGGGUCGUUGUAUGCCUCUCUGUCAGGAUCUGUAUGGGGUCGUUGUAUACCUGUCUGUCGGGAUCUGUAUGGGGUCGUUGUAUGCCUCUCUGUCCGGAUCUGUAUGGGGUCGUUGCAUGCCUGUCUGUCCGGAUCUGUAUGGGGGUCGUUGUAUACCUGUCUGUCCGGAUCUGUAUGGGGUCAUUGUAUGCCUGUCUGUCCGGAUCUGUAUGGGGUCGUUGUAUGCCUGUCUGUUCGGAUCUGUAUGGGGUCGUUGUAUACCUCUCUGUCCGGAUCUGUAUGGGGUCGGUGUAUACCUGUCUGUCCGGAUCUGUAUGGGGUCGUUGCAUGCCUGUCUAUCCGGAUCUGUAUGGGGUCGUUGUAUACCUGUCUGUCGGGAUCUGUAUGGGGUCGUUGUAUGCCUCUCUGUCCGGAUCUGUAUGGGGUCGUUGCAUGCCUCUCUGUCCGUAUCUGUAUGGGGUCGUUCUACACCUGUCUGUCCGGAUCUGUAUGGGGUCGUUGUAUACGUGUCUGUUCGGAUCUGUAUGGGGUCGUUGUAUACCCGUCUGUCCGGAUCUGUAUGGGGUCGUUGUAUGCCUCUCUGUCAGGAUCUGUAUGGGGUCGUUGUAUACCUGUCUGUUCGGAUCUGUAUGGGGUCGUUGUAUACCUGUCUGUCCGGAUCUGUAUGGGGUUAAUAUUAACAUGUUUAAAUGUCCUUGACCUGGUCUUUGGCCUUGAAUCUCUCUAUCCCUACAGAUAUUUGUGAUCAGGAAGUCAGUAGUUUUGUUGUCAAAUGUGUGUGACAUAUGAUUCGCAGACAGAUAUCAGCGAUAGGGUAUUCCAUGUGUAUCAUAUGUAAAUUGUUUUGGUAUAGGUUUGACUUGUGGCUAUGAAUUUAUAGUAAUUAUUUGUGUAUCUUUUCCGUAGCUCAUCAAGUCAUCCCUGUAAUGUGUCGUGGUACUGUUGAGAUGUCUGGUGCGACGGACGGGAUAGAAUUAAUUAUCGGUUUCAUUGUGGAUAUUAUUUCCUAUUUUAUAUUCCUCCUUACAAUCUACAAGGAUGAUAGGUUGAGGAGAAUUUUUAAUCACUAUUAUGCAUUGACAUAAUCACAUUCAUAUCAUAUUUGUUUAUUGUGAUCCAUUUAUUUUUUUCAGAAUUAAUGUUUUUCGUAUAAAGUGUCAGUUUGUAUGUAUGUUCAUAUCUUGUUCUGUUAUUUCAGAAUAAAGAGUUGCUAUGUUUUUUA